AAAAAGCGCGCGCUGACAAACCCAAGGCAUGCAAAAGCAGGGAGCUGCAGCCAUGCACAGUCUGGCUGUGUGCAUGUGGAUCCUCACCCUCCGCGUUGCCACAGAGUUCUCCUCCAGGUCCGAGCUGGAGUACGAGUUUGGUGACUACAGGGGCAGAUGGUGCAUCGACGAGCAGGGCUUCGUGUACGCCAUUGGGGAGGUAUACCAGCCCAGCCCUGCUGCAUGCCCCUGCACGUGCACGGAGGACGGACCCGUGUGCUUCCGGCCAAAGUGCCCACGCAUUCACCCCCGGUGCACGCGUGUCCGCUACAGGGCCUGCUGCCCUGUAUGUGAGGCCGUCAGCAAGGUGUGCGUGCAUGGAGGAAAGACUUACAGACUGCUCGAGGAGUUUAAGCUGUCUCGGUGUGAGAAGUGCCGCUGUGAGGCUAACAGGGAGGUGUACUGCAGCGUAGCUGGAUGCCCAGCUCUGCAUUGUGUGGAUCCCACAUACGAGUCCAACCACUGCUGUCCUGUGUGCAAGAACGGCCCGAACUGCUUUGCUGGAAACCGCAUCAUCCCGGCCGGAGAGCGUGUGGAGAUCGACGAGCGGAUGGUGUGUUACUGCACUUACCGUGACGGCACAUGGCAGACUCAGCCUCAUGCCACCUGUGAGCCACGCCAGCAGCCAGACGAUGAGGAUUCGUCCAAGCAGAUGGAGGAGCGUGAGAGAGAAAGCGAAAGAGAAAGGGAGAGAGAGAGGGAGAAAGAGAGAGAGAGGGAGCUGCUGCCCAGGCUGGAUGUCAUCCCGUGAAGGCAGGAGCUCUCCGGACAGGCCAUAAGAGAUGCAGGAGGUCAGGCAGGUGUCCGCUGCCUGGGUACACACAACCUGCACUGGGUCUAACUGCCAACACUGACCUCUUCCACCCCCUUGGAGCUGAGACACCUGCUGAAGUGAUGCACUAUAUGUCCAAAAAUAUUCAGACACCUGCUUAACUAACAUUUCUUCCAAAAUAGAGGGUAUUAAAGACCCCCUGCACUCAAAAACAUGCUUUUUAAAUGGUAUAUUCCUGUUUUGGAUCACCUAUGAUGAGAUGUUGUGGUCAAAUUGUUAGCAGAGCACUAAUUUAAUGUUUGUACAUGCUUCUCAGUACUUGAAAGCUGAUGAGGCUGUUGUGAUGUCACAAAAUCUGUCAUGGUCCAGUAUAUUAAAUUUGCUGAUUAGAAUGUAGUGAUAACUACAGAACAUGCAAUUAGCAAUCUAACAGUUAGGAGAUGGCUCACUGGUUAGCAUUAUAUAAGUUGCGGAGACUAAAGCCGGGGUUACACUACACAACUUCUACCCUGAUUUCAGUCCUGAUUCUCAGUCUGGCUGGGUCUAAGCUGGUCAGCUCUAAUCUGCAGAUGUUUGGGUCAGUUAGAGUCAACAGUUGGAGAGAGUCUAGUUGUGUUUGAGGGCCACAGACUCCGAUUUUUGGCCUCAUGGUUGCGUUUCAGACCUCUCGGGCUUUAUCAAACAUGUUUGAUUAUUCUGACCCAACUCUGAGUGUAGUCUAGUGUAAACUGAUCAACACCUCCAUCUGAACAGAUUCCUGCAACACCCAAUGACAUUAGAGAGUGUGAUAGAAGGGAAUGCAGCAAGUAAACAAAGAAAAAUGGGGAAAGUCUCUCGCGUAUGAAGUAAAGAUUUUUAAUUGGCUGAGUUUAAGGCACGAGAACAAUCAAAUGUAUGCACGUUUAAAACUCUAAAAAUUACCAAACUCAUAUCACAUCAAACUCACAUCACAUUUUUAAAUCAUUGAUCUUCAUUUAAACAUGUAUGCCUGCUACGUCUUUGCUGUUUCAGUGCAGAGGAAGCAGCAGCAGCUCCACGUUUGUUUAUUCAGCAGCAGCUAAAAAGUUGAACAGUAUGUGAUGCUUAAUUGUUUAGAGUGUGAUCCCCAAUAUUUCAGUCACUUCAAAAAAAUGUGGUAUGUGGUGAACCCAAGGCUUCUGUCGUCAAAAAGCUCUGAAAAAAAAACAUCAACUGUUCGUUGUGCUCUCUGACUGGACAGUGUCACGUCUCCAGGGUGUUGGUCUAGCAGGACACUCAUCAUUAUUUGUUCUACUUACUGAAAGUUUCAUGGCAACUUGCAAGCUACUUACAGCAGUGCUACUGGAGCUUUAAACACUGUCUCCACUCUAUUAAAUACUCCUACCUUGUCGGUCCACCUUGUAGAUGUAAAGUAAGAGACGACAGCUCAUCUACUGCUGCACAGUUUGUGUUGGUCAUCCUCUAGUCCUUCAUCAGUGGUCACACGACGCUGCCCACAGGACGCUUUUGGCUGGAUAUUUUUGUCCAGCAGUGACACUGAGGUGUUUAAAAACUCCAGCAGCAAAGCUGUGUCUGAUCCACUCAGACCAGCACAACACUCACUAACACACCACCACUGCGGGUUGUGUAGUCAGAGGCUCUGGGGCACUGGCGUCACCGGCCUGGUCUGUAAUCCAACCCCAGACCACAUUUGUUAUUGCUACCAUUUGUUAUUAUUUAUCUUCUGAAGAAACAGAUGCAGGCGUUUUUUAUGGUUUGCUCUGUCUGCUGUUGACCUUCCCUCACAUUGUGCUCUACUGCCCCCACGGUUUAUGCUGGUAUUGCAUCUCAUGCACAUGUUGGUUUAGUUUCAGAAGACAUGCACAACAUGCUGUGAGUGAAUGCAGGGCUGCCUGUAUACUGCAUCCCUUAGCCUCAAAAGUAGGGGUGUCCACACUGUCUGUCUUGGGUGGCAGGACAGUGUUUGUGAGCUCAGGGACAAAAAGACAAAAUAACAUAAGUAGGCAGUUUUUUUCUCUGUGUUACUAAAAUAUGUCAAAGAGUCAUUCAGAGUGGCUUGGCAUGAAAUGGUUCAGAUGUCUUUACAGUGGUGGUGAUAGGAAC